ACGGCAUUGGCUUCAGGCUUUUUAAAUGCCGUUUGCUUAGAAAAAUCCGAACCGCUUUUGUCGCCCUCGUACUUCCCAACCAAUCUCUCUCUCUCUCUCUCUCUCUCUCUCCAAAGGAGUAUUCUGCAACUUGUCUCUAUUCUCUCUCACAUUUCUAGGGAAUUGCAAGAGACGACCCAAAAAACCCGUCCCCCAGAUUCAUUGGGCCCUCCACAUUUCAAAUUCAAACUCCCUCACUCUCUCUCUCUCUCCCUAGGUUUCACUCACUGGCCCAGUGCACUUCGCGCCCACCUCUUUGACCACCUCGGCGUUGGCAAAAACUUCAUUUGACCACACCACCCAACCUUAGACCCACCUUUUCCCUCACCUUUUAAAGCAAACUUUUUCAUUCAGGCAUUUCACCAAACACCUUGAGGCGCCCCACUCCCGCAAGUCAUGAGCCACCUAACCAACAGUGCCCCGCGUUGUAAUAACCAAUCCCUUAGGGUCCGUUUUCAAGACCUUACUUUCAAUGAGAGUGUUAGCAUUGAUGUUAGUAGCAGUAUCGUUAAUGGGUCUGAUAACAGUGCAAAUUGUGAAGUGAGUAGUGGUACUAUUGAGGGAGAGAAAAUGAUUAGUUCUUUGAUUGUGGAAGGGGAUAAAGAUGAGGGUGUGGAGAGUGAGUAUAGCAGUUUGAGUUGUGUGAGCUUCUGCGAUAGCGUAGAUGCGAACGAGGCGAGUUUUAGAAGCUCUCUUCAUUCCAAACCUCAUAAGAGUAAUGACAUUAGGUGGGAUGCAAUCCAAUGUGUGAAGGCGAAAGACGGGGAAUUGGGUUUGGGGCAUUUUAGGCUUUUGAAGAAGCUAGGGUUUGGGGAUAUAGGGAGUGUGUAUUUGGCGGAGUUGAGAAAAUUGGGUUGCUUGUUUGCGAUGAAGGUGAUGGAUAAAGCAAUGUUAGAAGGGAGGAAGAAGUUGAUGAGAGCACAAACCGAGAGGGACAUUUUGGGUCUGUUGGACCAUCCUUUUCUCCCUACCCUUUAUUCGCACUUUGAGACGGAGAAGUUUUCUUGUUUGCUUAUGGAGUUUUGCAGUGGAGGGGAUCUCCAUAUUCUUCGGCAGCGUCAGCCGGGGAAGCAUUUUUCUGAACAAGCUGCAAGGUUUUAUGCUUCAGAAGUGCUGCUUGCCCUUGAGUAUCUACAUAUGAUGGGUGUGGUGUACAGAGAUUUAAAGCCCGAAAAUGUUCUUGUUAGGGAAGAUGGUCAUAUUAUGCUAACGGAUUUUGAUUUAUCGCUAAGGUGUUACGUGAGUCCCACACUCAUUAAGUCCACCUCCGAACCGAUUUGCACCAUCUCUUCGUACUGUAUCCAGCCAUCAUGCAUUGAUUCGCCAUACAAGUUACCCGUAUGUGCAAACCCUCCUUGUUUCCAACCCUCCUGCUUUAAGCCCCGUAUUUUCCAUUCGAAAACAACUAAACCGAAACGGGAACGAACAAAUUCGAUAAAUUCGGAUUCCCGUCCAAUGCUAAUUGCGGAGCCCACUGCUGCACGGUCCAUGUCAUUUGUUGGGACCCAUGAAUAUUUAGCGCCGGAGAUCAUAAGAGGAGAUGGACAUGGGAGUUCCGUUGAUUGGUGGACAUUCGGUGUUUUCUUGUACGAGCUGCUAUACGGGAAGACACCCUUUAAAGGAAAUGGAAACCGGGAGACUUUAUUCAAUGUAGUUGGUCAUUCUCUCAAAUUUCCCGAGGGAUCGUCGGUUAGUUUUGCAGCGAAGGAUUUGAUCAAGGGUUUGCUCGCGAAGGACCCACAGAAAAGAUUGGGAUACAAAAGAGGUGCAACAGAUAUCAAACAACAUCCCUUCUUUGAAAGUGUUAAUUGGGCUCUUAUUCGCAGUAAUAGCCCUCCAGAGAUUCCUAAACCAGUUGAUUUAACGUUCUUUAACGAAACAUUCAAGUCACCCUUGCCCUUAGAUAGGUCAUCAGAUAGGUCAUCCGGUCCUUAUUUGGAAUUUGAGUUUUUCUAGGAGAAAAUGUAACGGUCCUUGAAAUGGGUGUAUUUUUGCUCACUGAUUUGUGGUCAUAAUGUCAGUGAAAUUUUGGACUUCA